AUGCCCACAAAAACCCGUCCAGUUGAAAAACUUGCCAAGGCUGCUGCUCAGUGCUCUGUGGAGGCUGCGGCAUACGGCAAAUGUGUGGUUUCGGACUACAGCUCCGUUCACAAGGAUAUGUGUGCCAAGGAGUUCCUGAGACUGAAGGAUUGUUUCCUCGCUGCCUCUAAAAGGGGUUGA